AUGGACAACAUAGAAGGGGUUUUAAACACAGUGCAAGUGGUCUUGGUAGGUACGACGAUCACCAAUUUCCUUCUAAACACUGGUCGUCUUUCACCAGCCAUAGAGUUGUGUAAGGAAUGUUUGAGUUUACUAAACAGUCAGCCGCUUGGUAAGGAUGGACCAAUUACCCACUCAAUUCUCGUCCAACAGGGAAGGUUAAAUUUAUUACUAGCAACUACACUUUACACUCAAUCGAAGUUUGUGGAGGCCAGAAAAUUUUAUGAGAGAGCAAUAAAAAUCAUGAAAACGAAUGACGACGAACCAGGAAAAGCAAUUUGUUACGGAGGCUUAGCAACAUUACUUUAUUCCUUUGGAGAAUAUGACAAAUGUAAAAAAUAUCUGGAGAAGGCCCGUGCGAUUAGAAAGCAAAUUGGUGACAGAGUCGGAGAAGCAGUGUAUUACAGAAAACUAGGAGGACUGUCCAUAUUGCGUGGUAACUAUGACAAGGCACAAGAAUAUAUCAAGAAAGCACUUGCCAUCAGAACACAAAUUGGUGACAGAAAGGGAGAAGGAAUGGAGCAAGGAUUCCUGGGAACAGUGUUCCAAAUGCUCGGUAAUUAUGACCAGGCGCGAAAAUAUCUCGAAAAAGCACUUGCCAUUAGACUGGAAAUUGGCGACAGAGAAGGAGAAGCAGCCGAUUACGAAAACCUUGGAACAGUGUUCCGAUCGCUUGGUAACUAUGACAAGGCACAAGAAUAUUACAAGAAAGCACUUGCUAUCACACUGGAAACUGGUGACAUAAAGGGAGAAGCGAAGAUUUACGGAAACCUAGGAACAGUGCUCCGGUUGCUUGGUGAUUAUGACCAGGCGCAAGAAUAUUACAAGAAAGCACUUGCUAUCAGACAGGAAAUUGGUGACAGAGUAGGACAAGCAGCGGAUUACAACAACCUAGGAGCAGUGUUCCAAUUUCAUGGUAAUUAUGAUCGGGCACAAGAAUAUUACAAGAAAGCACUUGCUAUAAGUCUGGAAACUGGUCUCCGACAGGGAGAAGCAGCGGUAUACGGAAACCUAGGAACAGUGUUCCAAUCGCUUGGUAAUUAUGACAAGGCGCAAGAAUAUUACAAGAAAGCACUGGCCAUCAGAAUGGAAAUUGGUGACAGAAAGGGAGAAGCAGCGAACUACGGAUUCCUAGGAACAGUGUUCCAAUCGCUUGGUAAUUAUACCCAGGCGCAAGAAUAUCACGAGAAAGCAAUGGCCAUCAGAGUGGAAAUUGGUGACAGAGCAGGAGAAGCAUUGGAUUACGGAAACCUAGGAACAGUGUUCCAAUCACUUGGUAAUUAUGACAAGGCACAAGAAUAUUACAAGAAAGCACUGGCCAUCAGAAUGGAAAUUGGUGACAGAAAGGGAGAAGCAGCGAAUUACGGGUGCUUAGGAACAGUAUUUCAAUCGCUUGGUAAUUAUGCCCAGGCGCAAGAAUAUCACGAGAAAGCAAUGGCCAUCAGAAUGGAAAUUGGUGACAGAGCAGGAGAAGCAGUGGAUUACGGAAACCUAGGGACAGUGUUUCAAUCGCUUGGUAAUUAUAAAAAGGCGCAAGAAUAUUACAAGAAAGCACUGGCCAUCAGAAUGGAAAUUGGUGACAGAAAGGGAGAAGCAGUGGACUACGGAAACCUAGGGACAGUGUCCCGAUCACUUGGUAAUUACAAUCAGGCGCAAGAAUAUCACAAGAAAGCACUGGCCAUCAGAAUGGAAAUUGGUGACAGAGCAGGAGAAGCAGUGGAUUACGGAAACCUAGGAAUAGUGUUCCAAUCCCUUGGUAAUUUUGACAAGGCGCAAGAAUACCACGAGAAAGCACUGGCCAUCAGAAUGAAAAUCGGUGACAGAGGAGGAGAAGCAGCGGAUUACGGAUGCCUUGGAUCAGUGUUCCAAUCGCUUGGUAACUAUAAGCAGGCACAGGAAUAUUACGAGAAAGCACUGGCCAUCAGAAUGGAAAUUGGUGACAGAGAAGGAGAAGCAGCGGAUUACGGAAACCUAGGAACAGUGUUCCGAUCGCUUGGUAAUUAUGACCAGGCGCAAGAAUAUUACGAGAAAGCACUAGCUAUCACACUGGAAAUUGGUGACAGAGCAGGAGAAGCAGCAGAUUACGGGAACCUAGGAACAGUGUUCCAAUCACUUGGUUAUUAUAACCAGGCGCAAGAAUAUCACGAGAAAGCACUGGCCAUCAGAAUGGAAAUUGGUGACAGAAAAGGAGAAGCAACGGAUUACGAAAACUUAGGGAGACUGUUUGCAACACUCGGUGAACAUGACAAGGCUCAAGAAUAUCUCGAGAAAGCUCUACGUAUUAGAAAGGAACUCUGCAACAGAAAUGGAGAAGCAAGUUGUUAUGCAAACCUAGGAGCUUUGUUUCUGUCACUCGGAAAAUACCCUAAGGCAGAUAAAUAUCUAGAGCAAUCAUUGGCAAUAGCAAAGGAAAUUGGCGACAAACAUAGAGAAGCAGAAGUUUAUGGUCAUUUUGGGAUAAUUUCUCAUCAUCUUCAUGAUUAUGAAAAAGCUCAAGAAUAUCACAAGAAAGCCCUUGCAAUCUAUGAGGAAAUUGGCGACAGAAAGGGAGAAGCAUUCGAGUACGCAAAUUUAGGGGAAUGUUUCCAAUCGCUUGGCAGAUAUAAUGUGGCCGAAAAAUACAUCAACAGGGCGCUAUUAAUAAGCAAGAAUACUGAACAAAACUUGAACGAAUAUGGGUGCCUUCGUCAACUGACGGUGUUGAAGCUAUCACAAUUAAAUCUCAAGGAAGCCAUGUCGUAUCUUUCUCAGUGUAUUGGAAAAUUCGACACAUUGCGAGGUUUCCUUAAAGAUAACGAUCAGUUUAAGACUUCUCUUUUGGAGAAGUACGGCAAUUUUCCUUAUAAGUUGCUCAGCAACUUGCUUUCUUAUACCGGGAAGCCAAGAGAUGCUCUUUAUGUUGAAGAACUGAGACGGGCAAGAGGCCUCGCCGACUUAAUGGCAACCAAGUACUCUGUAGAAGAGCUGAUCUCAGGCAAUCCACAGUCAUGGCAUGGCAUUCACAAUAUCAUCACAAAAGAAACAGACUGUACAUGUCUUUACAUUUCAAUUGAAAAAGAACAUGCACGGUACUGGAUUCUCAAAGCAUCAGGAGCCAUUCAUUUCUCACGAAAGAAAGUGAGUCUGGAGCAACGCGUGGUGACCAAAUUAGUUCCUAAUUUGGAUGAGUUUUUCACAGAAAGCUUUCGCAGCCUUGGAAUUUUACCCCAACGGAAUUGUGAAGAUCGAUCAUUAGAUGACACCGAAUCGAUGCCACCUCACUAUGCCGAUGACAAUCACGGGCUCCUGCGUGAUUAUGAUCCAAAAGAUUUCAAAACGAAUCUUCGGUCGUGUUACGAGAUAAUCAUCGCUCCCGUGGCCAGUUUACUGAAGGAGCCCGAGAUUUUAAUUGUCCCUGAAUCCUGUAUGUACCAAGUCCCAUUUGCAGCCAUCAGUGAUGAAGGAGGAACAUAUUUAGUAGAUACUUUCAGGAUCCGCGUCGUUCCCUCUCUGACGACUCUAAAGCUGAUUCGGGACAGUUCCCCCGACUACCACAGUCAGAGAGGAGCACUGAUAGUGGGUGAUCCUAAGGUUGGCGAGGUGCUUUUGAAAGGAAAACGCAGGAUCAUAACAUCAUUGCCAUGUGCAAGAAAGGAAGCAGAGAUGAUUGGACGACUUCUUGGAGUGACACCUUUGACUGGAGACCGUGCAACAAAGAAGGCAGUUCUUAACGCAAUAAACUCAGUAAGUCUGAUUCACUUUGCUGCCCAUGGUGAUGCCGAAAGAGGAGAGAUUGCUCUUUCUCCUAAUUGCCCCACCGACUUCAUUCCACAAGACGAAAACUUCCUUUUGACGAUGGCGGACAUUUCGCAAGUUCGGCUGCGAGCUAAACUGGUUGUACUUAGCUGUUGUCACAGUGCACGUGGGAAGAUUAAAGCCGAGGGAAUUAUUGGAAUCGCUCGAGCGUUCUUAGGAUCUGGUGCUCGUUCAGUGUUGGCGGCACGGUGGGCCAUAGAAGACACAGCCACGGAGGAAUUCAUGAGAUGUUUCUACCAAAACUUGUUCCGCGGUAAAAGUGCAAGUGAAUCCCUUCACGAGGCCAGGAAAUGGUUGAGAAAGAACGGCUUCGAAAAAGUUUCUCAGUGGGCUCCCUUCAUGCUUAUUGGCGAUAACGUGACAUUUGAUUUUGAAAACUGGCUAGUGUCUAAAACAUCCAAACAGCCAUGA